AUGUUGUACCCUCGAGAGGACAAAGAACAUCGCCAAUUAAUGUAUGCCUGCCGGAAUUGUGACCACAAACAGAUUGCAGAUAAUCCAUGCAUCUACGUCAAUAAAUUGGUGCACGAAGUAGAUGAACUAACACAGAUUUGCGCUGACGUAGUUCACGAUCCCACUUUGCCAAAAACUGAAGAUCAUCCAUGUCCAAAAUGUGGUGGAAACCAAGCUGUGUUUUUCCAGGCACAAACAAGGAGAGCUGAGGUAGAGCUUUAA